GUCAUGGGUAAAUGCAACGAAGCGUUACUAAAGAACGCGUUUGCUCUUCUCUGCUGUGCAAAAUAUAUUUUAUAAAAUUGUUUAAUGUGGAAAAGAAAAUCAACAUUUACUUAAGGGAUUUUGUUUACCAAAAAAUUUUUAUUUGGGUUAAAAACAAGAUGCCAUGUGUUGUCGAUCAUUAAUUACUAUUUUUCUUGUAAGCAAAUUGGUCUCAUGUUUGGAAAUAGGCGAGUCUACUGGCGAACGUGUUGAAUGUGACCGUAGUAAAAUUGAUCAUAAUGUGACGUUAUCUGGAGGUCAUCAAGCAGGUUUGUUUUUAAAAGCAAACAAGUCAAUUUCAACAAUGAAAAGAUGCAUUAAACAGUGUUGCAACAUGAACGGGUGUGAUGUUGCUUAUUUUAGCAACAAUGCUUGCUAUUCCGUUAAAUGCCGUAGCUUAGAAGCAUGCGCCCCAAAAAGUGUCGUUGAAAAAGGGAUGAGUACAGAAAUAUCGUAUGUUGCCAAACCAAAGGUUCUUUUUCAAGGUUCAUCUUCUGAUGAGACAGGUGAGCCUGCUAUUGUGGAGAAUCUCAUUGCGGAAGUAGUUUCGGAGAGUCCGUUUCCACAAAAUGAACCGACGUUUCUAAACGAUGACAAAAAACUUGUUAAUACUAACAUGGAUGUAAUACACUAUCAUAAAGAAACUUGGAAAGAAACUAAAAAUAUGAUUGGUGCUGUUGUUUGUGCCUUUAUUGCUGUGUUAGUAGGUGUAUUGGGUGUUAUAACAAUGACAAGAAAGCUCGUUGAAGAUGACGAAGAAGAAAAUAAGGUUUUAAAAGAGAAUUUUUACAUGAAAAACACUUUAGAAGAAAAUGUUGCGGCAGAACUUAAAGAAAUACCUAAAAGUAGGAACACUUUUGUUAGAAAAAUAGAUAACAACCAAAUUGAACAUUCUUCUAAAAUAGUCAGUAAAAUUCCAGUUUAUAAAAACAAGCCGUUAGUAGAAAAUAUUAAUAAAAAGUUAGAUUCAACACUACAUGAACAUGCACCUAUGCACCCUAGCUAAUUUUGUAAAUAGUUAAAUAAUUUUUGAUUUUGUAUAUAAAUAUUUUUAUCAAAUUUUGUGAAAUUUUUUUAUAUUAAAAGAUAUAAAAUAAAUUAAAAUUAA